UGUGUUGUUUUUAUGUUACAAUUUAGAGGAUGGAAUCUGCAGGACCAGUAGUUUCCCUGGCCCCUGCUCCUUCACUCAAGCACCCAUACAAGCUCAAGAACAUUACUCACUUCUCUUCCCUUGUUCUCCUUCCCAGCCAUCAUGUUUUCUCACAGAUUUCUCUUCAAUUCUCCUACUCAUCUUUUCUUAUUACUCAUUCUUACCACAAACUCAGCCGAAUCAGCUGACAAGAAAUCCCCCUCCGGCCCCGAAAUCAACAUCACCAAGCGCAUCUCCUUCCCCGAUUUCAGCCCCAAUAAUCCAAGAAUAAUCAAUCAAGAUAUCACGCUCUUAGGCAGCGCAGCAGUCUCAACUGAAAAUGGCUGCAUCCAUAUCCCAGAAACUAAUCUCCAAUACUCUGCUGGUAGAGCAAUCUUCUCAUCUCCGAUCCGCAUAUUGGACCCCAAUACCCGAACCCCUGCCUCUUUCACCACCACUUUCUCCUUCCAAAUCAAGAACCCGUCAAACAGUUCCGGCUAUACUUCUGGUGGGCUGAGUUUCAUCAUCGUUCCCGAUGAGUUCACAGUUGGCAGGGCCGGCCCCUGGCUCGGCAUGCUGAACGACGCCUGCGAGGAUGAAUACAAAGAAGUUGCUGUCGAAUUCGAUACUCGCAUGAACCCGGAAUUCGGCGACCCGAAUGAUAAUCAUGUAGGCAUCAAUUUAGGCAGCAUAGUCUCUGCCGCAGCUGUCGACGCUUCGGGUUUUGGGGUUCAUCUCAAUGACGGCUCAGUUCAUCGGGCUUGGAUAACUUAUGAUGGGUCCAGGAAGUUCUUAGAGAUUUAUCUUGGGCCUGAUGGAACAGUGCCUCCUACUAGAGCUAUUUACUCUGGUAAUCUUGAUCUUUCACCUUAUCUAAAUGAAUACAUGUUUAUUGGAUUCUCGGGUUCAACAGGACACAAUCACACACAGGUUCACAGUAUAUGUUCCUGGAAUUUCACUUGUGUUAGUAAGGCUUUUCUCCGGGUUCCUUCGCCUGAAAGCUGCGAAAGUAAGAUUACAUUGGAAAGUUAUCAUGUUGUUCCCAGCAAAACGCCGAGCAGUUUCUAUAUUUUUGUAGCUGUAGUUGUGCUUUUGCUGGUAAUCAUGGUUAAUCUGUACUUCAACGGCAAGAGAAAGGAGAAGAAUGGUUCCGAUGAAAUCACGGUGGUACCAAAGGAAAAACAGCGGCUGAGCCCUCCAAACAGAGCCAGGAAAUUCAGUUUAGCUGAAAUCUCUUCUGCUACACGGGGCUUGGGCGAGUUACAAAUUUUGGGGAGUGAUGCUAGAAGUGUAACAUAUAAGGGCACGUUGUUAAACGGAUGCAAUGUAGCGGUGAAGCGUUUCUCAAAUAAGUUCUUCAGCUCGCUUGCAUCAGAUAGGCGCAUAUUGAUUAAAGAAGUGAAGGCAAUUGGCAAGAUUCGGCAUCCGAAUUUAGUCUCUAUGAGGGGAUGGUGCUUUGAUCGUCAAGAAACUAUUGUUGUGUAUGAUUUUGUGCCCAACGGGAGUCUUGAUAAGUGGCUUUUCGGGUUUGGAGUUUUGCCUUGGACUCGACGGUUUAAGGUGGUGAAGGAUGUGGCUGAGGCUUUGAGCUAUCUGCAUUCUAAGGGUUUAGCUCACAAGAAUGUGAAAGACAGUAGCGUGUUUCUUGAUAUUAGCUUUAGGGCACUCUUGGGCGAUUUCGGGUUUGUUUUGUCAUCAAUGGAGUCGACCCGUUUUGAGUCAUUGGUGAGUCAAAAAGUAGACGUUUUCGAGUUUGGGGUUUUGGUAUUGGAAGUCGUGUCGGGCCGGGGGCGGAGGUCCAUGAACCCGGGGGAGCUCGACUUAUUGGAUCUUGCAUGGGGCAUGCAUGAGAGUGAGGAGAAAGCAAAGCUGGUGGAUAGGAGAAUGGGUCCGGUAGUGAACCCGGAUCAAGCAAUCCGGGUGUUGGAAAUCGGGUUGCUGUGCACGUUGAAUGACAACAAAGGGAGGCCAAGCAUGGAGGAAGUGGUGGAGUACUUGAAUCUGGAGAGACCAAUACCCGAGUUACCGCAGAGUCGACCCGUUUCUCUGUUUCCCUGCAGUGGGUACUCUUGUACUCCAUUCAAGUGAGGCCAGGUGUGGUUGAGUUUGCGUGGUGAGUUAGGCUUCCACAUGAAGUAGACCACACCAAAAAUCACAUUCAAUUAUUUUGGAGCCCAUAAGAAGGAGUUGGAUGCGACAUGAGUUCAUCUCAAAUCAAUUCUUAUGUAAUUGGUCUGUAGGAAUUAUAAAAUAAAUGUAUUCCAGAUUUCAUACUUAAUUAAAAUUAUUGAUAGAUAUGAUGUAUAUAUGUGCACAUUUCCUUAA